GCUGCAGAAAAAUAGAGGGAGAGAGCAGUCUCUUCAGGGAAUGAAUGAAGAAAAUAGACAACAUAGAUAGAGGGGGCCUUGGAGAGAAGAAGGUCUCUGAGUGGAUAGAGUUAAGGCAGUAGGUAUCACUGAGAGAGAGUAUAAAAAAAAAGGGGGAGAGCAUGUCAUGAUGGAGAUCUGUGGCACUUAUAUGUGCCCUAGACGGAGACUUAGAAGGAUCAAUCAGAAAAGUAGGAGGAAAAAAAUGUAAUAUCAGUGGCACAAAAAUCCAGAGAAGAAAGAAUAUCCAGGAAGGGGUGAUCAAUAUUGUAAAAAUUAUGUAAAGAGGUACAGAAGUAUGAAGACUGAGAAAUGUCCAUUGGACUUGGCACUAAAGAGAUUUUCAGUGAAAAACAGUUACUGAAUUUAGCAAUAAAAAGAUUGUCCAUAAAGAGCAAUUUCUGUCAAGUUCUGGGCAUGAAAGCCAGACUUCAAGGUAGCAGUGAGUAGAGACAUUUUUUUCUAGGAAUUCCAUUGUUCAGUAGGAGGAAAGAUAUAGAGCAAUAAUUUGAGGGAGUAAUAGGAUUAUGUGAAGGUUUUUUAGGGAUUUAAGGAGAAGAGCUGGCUUAUUCUUUGAGAUACAAAGGAGGUGAGAAUGGGAGAUAUAUGCUAUUUAGAUUUGAUAUAUGAAAUUGGGAAGGAACAAUUAGGGACAGAUGGCAUCCAUUUUUUUCUGGAAAUUUUGAGGCAAAGUCCUUUUAUGAGAAGGAGGGGGUUGAUUUUGAUGGCUUAAAAAGAGGAGAGGUUUGGAACAACCUCUUUUUGGAGUGUGAUUGAGGGAAGAGUAAAAUGCUAUGUCUGUAGAAAUAGAGGCAGAGUUGAUGUUGGUCAAUGCAUUUUUAGUGAACCAAUCAGAGUGGUUGUUUGAAUUCUUUUGGCAUACAGAAGCACCACAAUAGGAGCAGAGAAGACAAAUGGGAGAAGUACUCCAGGGCUGGGUUUGGAAAGAGUUGAGUAGCAAUUAGACAAUUGGAUUUGUGAUUCAUAGAUCAAGGACAUUGAAUUGUCUAGCUAAGGUGGUUCCAAUUUUAAGGGGAAGAGAAAAUGAGACCAGAGCAGGGAUAAUGAAAUCCUGUGAAAUAAGAAUGAUAGAAAGUUGAAGUUAGAGAAUAGAUUUAGAAAAAGUGAGACAUUGGGAGAAGAGGAAGUUAUGGUCCAAUAAAGAAUUUCAGAAUUAUGGUUUGUGUAGAACACUUGUGGAUAAUGCUGAAAUCAAGGGCAUGACUGUACUUGAAUAUGGCUGUGGUGGAGGGAGGGUACAGAUUAUAGUUGUUGAGAUGGAUAAACUGGUAAGCAAAGGUGUCUGAAAGAAUAUUUCCAUGUAAAUUUAAGUCCCUAAAUAUAAGGAAAUAGGUUGGAAUGAAGAGGAAGACUGAACUUGAGAAAGAAAGGAGGCAAACCUAAUCAAGAUUAAUGUUGGUGAUUGCCGUCAGGAUGGACAGGGUGACAUAUCAGGCUCUUAUUUCUCAGGAUUCUUCUUUUCUCCGAGAGAGAAGCACAGUGAAAGCAGGAAUAUCCUCUGUGUUCCCAGUACCCAGAUUUCAGGAAACCAUCACGUUCCAGGAUGUGACUCCAGACUUCACUCAGGAAGAGUGGGCACAACUGAACCCAGCUCAACAAGAUCUUUGUAUGGAUGUGCUAAUGGAGAACUAUAGAAACCUAGUCUUUAUUGGCUUAGAACUUUCAGUUUCCAAACCAGAUGUGAUCUCUCAGAUGGAGCAUGGAAAAGGGCCAUGGUUGCUGAAGAGUGAAGCCCUAAGAGGUAUCUCUCCAUACAAGGACAUUGAAACUGAAGCUAAAGAGUCAGUUCCAAAGUGGGAAUAUUCUGUGGAAGAAUCAUCUCAGAAGACAAUAAUAGAAAGAACUACAAAGCAAAGUUCCUUGGAUCCCAAACUGGGCAAUGAAAACAUGAAAUGUCAUGGUUCACUAGUGAGACAACAGGGCUACCAGGAAACAGAUGUUAAACAAGUAACAAUCACACAUGAAGAAACUGUUAAUAAAGAGAGAAGCUCUGAAAUGAAUGAAUUUGGGGGAUGCUUUUUUCUAAAGUCUAUCCUAAUUACACAACAGAGAGUAAACAGUCUUUAUAACUGUGAUACACAUGGAAAGACUUUCAAAGAUAAUUCCAAACUAAACAAAUAUCAAAGAAUCUAUAUAGGGAAAUAUAAAUUGAAAUGUAAAGAAUUUGGGAGAGCCUUCAGCCAAAUUUCACAGCUUAAUCUUCAUCAUACCAAUUAUUCUGGAGAGAAAUACCAUACAUAUAAUGAAUGUGGGAAAAGCUACAAUAAAUGGGCAAACUUUACUGCACAUCAGAGAAUUCUUUCUACAGAGAAACCUUAUAAAUGUAAUAAAUGUGAACAGGCCUUUAGCCAGAUUUCACAGCUUAAUCUUCAUCAUGCUAAUCAUUCUGGAGAAAAAUGCCAUAAAUUUAAUGAAUGUGGGAAAGCCUAUGACAAACAAACAAACUUUAUAGAACAUCAGUGGAUCCAUUCUGGAGAGAAAUCCCAUAAAUGUAAUGAAUAUGGGAAAGUCUUUGCUCUAAAAACAAACCUUUCUAACCCUCAGAAAAUUCAUUCUGUAGAGAAAUUCUGUAAGUGCAAUGAUUGUGGGAAGGUCUUCACCAUGAAGACACAGCUUUCUCGACAUCAAGUGAGUCAUCUUGGAGAGGAAUUCUUUAAACUUAAUGGCUACAGGAAGGACAUCUCCCAGAAGGCAAACCUUCCUCAACAUCAGAGAGAGAAAUCUUAUAAAUGUAAUGAUUGUGAGAGAGUUUUUACACAGAAGGCAUAUCUCACUGAAUAUCAGAGACUUCAUUCUGUAGAGAAAUCCUAUGAAUGUAAAUAUUGUGGGAAAUUCUUUAUGCAGAAGGCAAACCUUACUAAACAUCAGAGAAUUCAUUCUGUGGAGAAACCUCAUAUAUGCAAUGUUUGUGGGAAAGCUUUUACUCUAAAGACAAACCUUUCUCGGCACCAGAAAAUUCAUUCGGUAGAAAAAUCUUACAAAUGUAAUGAAUGUGGGCAGAUCUUCACUAAGAUGACAUACCUUACUGAACAUCAGAGAAUUCAUUCUGGAGAGAAAUCCUAUAAAUGUAUUGAAUGUGGGAAAACUUUUAGCUGGAGGACACAUUUUACUCAACAUCAGUGCAGUGGAGCAAAACUCUUCAAGUGUAAAGAAUGUGGAAAAUCCUUUGCCCAACAGAAAAGACUUACUAAACAUCAGAAAAUUCAUUCUGAAAAAUCAUGUAAACAUAAUGAUUAUGGGGAAGGCUUUGCCCAGAAGACAAGCCAUAUUCUACAUCAGAGAAUUCAUUCCGGAGAGAAAUCCUAUAAAUGUAUUGAAUGUGGGAAAGCUUUUAGCCGGAAGACACAGCUUAUUCAACAUCAACUUACUUAUAAUGGAAUGAAACCUCAUUAAAUGUAACAAAAGUGGAAAAGCCUUUAUCCAAAGAACAAGAUUUAUUCAACAUUGGAAAAUUCAUUCUGGAAAAAAGUUCUAUAAAUAUGUACCUUACCCAACAUCAACUUAAAUCACAGUGGAGAGAAACUGUUAAAAUGAAUGGGGAAAAUUUUUUACCUGGUGAACUUGUUAUUCCAUAUAAGAGAAUUCAAACUAGAGGAAUGCUUUGUACAUCAUAUGCAUUUAAUUAAUAUUUGUGAAUUCGUGUAAAUUAAAAUUGAAUUGAAGCAAGUUAAAAUACUUUGGUGAAAUCUA